AUACACUGCAUACAGAGUCGCAACAGCAGCUGACAGACCAAAGUGGUGGCUCCCUUACAGUUGGCUCAAGCACCAGAUGGCCCAAGGAUGAUUGAGUGACUUAUAACACCUGUUAUGACGUUGAUGUGGUCAAACAAGAUGACUGGAGGAGGCAUAAUCAUGACUGCAAUGCAUGCCACAUUUUAGUCAGCAUUUUGUCCAUCAAACGGUACCAACAUGGCCAUCUUGCACAAGACUGAAGUGAAAGGCUUCUUCCUGCAGGCUUUGAUCUUGCUUUUGAUUAAUCAUAUUUUGGGUCAGGAGGAUGCGAUAGUAAAAUACGAUGUCCGGGAAGAAAAGCCCCCAGGUACCUUCAUCGGAAGCAUCGGAAUCGAGAGUGAACUCUUCCAGAACCUCACCAACGAACAAUUCAAGAGACUACAGUUCCAGGUACUACCCACCCCUGGAAACAAGUAUCUCUCUUACUUUCGGAUUGAGGCUAAUACCAGUCUAUUGUGGACCAGAGAGCGGAUUGAUCGGGAAAUGUUUCCAGACUGCUUUGAGACUUGUCUCAUGCAGUUCUUUGUCGGGGUGUAUGCCAUCGACAUUGGUGAAAUGACAAAAAUGAUCAGGAUAGACAUAAACAUUCUAGAUGAAAAUGAUAACACUCCCAAGUUUUCCAGUAUACAAAAUCCCCUUUACAUUCCAGAGUCAAAGAAUCCAGGGGAGUCGAUUCUUUCAGGAGCUGCAGUGGAUUUAGAUCAGAGUCGAAACAAUUCAGUUAAGAGUUAUCUGCUAAUGUCAGAAACUGGGACAUUUUCGUUGAAAGUUCACACUGAAAAUGAUGUGUUGGAAUUUGUUUUGGCUCUGAAAUCGAGUUUGGAUUAUGAAUCGAGGAAAUCAUAUGAAAUUGUUCUUCUGGCAGUUGAUGGUGGUGAUGUUCCAAAAACUGGGAGUUUAUCGCUGCAAAUAUUUGUUACUGAUAUCAACGACAAUGUUCCAACUUUCCAACAAAGAACCUACAAUACCUCAGUUGAGGAAAACAUACCUUUAAAUUCUACGGUCCUGCAGCUACGUGCAACCGAUCGGGAUUCUGGAGAAAAUGGAAUGGUUUCAUACAGAUUCAGUAGCCGCAUUUCAGAUCAUGUGACCAAUUUAUUUGGUGUUCAGUCUAAUGGGGAUAUAGUAGCUAAAGGAAUAAUCGACUAUGAAAAAGACAAAGAAUUUGGUUUUGAGGUUAUUGCAUAUGACGGUGGAGUUAAUUUUAAAUCUUCCUCCGUCAGUGUGUUCUUAAAAGUGAUUGACAUGAAUGAUAACUCUCCAGUCAUCAAUAUUAAUCAACCCCCCAGCGGUACCCUGAUAACUGAGUCAGCAGAAACUGGGAGUUUUGUCUUGCUUCUGGAAGUGCUCGACAUCGAUUCAAACGAAAAUGGUCUCGUUAAUUGCAAUAUAUUGGACGAUAGCUUUGAUAUUGUGAGCACAGAAGUUGCAAACAACUACAAAAUUGUGCUUCGUCGGGAAUUGGACCGCGAAACCAAAGCUAGUCACAAUGUUACCAUAGAUUGUGAAGAUUCUGGGAUUCCUCCUAAAAGAACUGUCAAGCAUUUUAUAGUUUUAGUGCAGGAUGCCAAUGACAAUGCACCUGACUUUGUCCAACAGACUUACAUAGCUGUUGUAAAUGAGAAUAGUCCUUUUGGUAGUAGUUUGUUAACGGUUUCUGCUAUUGAUAAGGACAGUGGGAAAUUUGGGAAAGUUUCAUAUUCAUUGCAUUCUGAAUCAAAAGGUCUUUUUAAAAUUGACCCUUUUUCUGGACUAAUUUUAGUGAAUUCAAGUAUUGACAGAGAAAAAUAUGGUGAUCGAAUGAUUUUUCGCGUUUUUGCUGAAGAUGGGGGUGAUUCGAAUUUAAUAUCGACGGGAACUAUUGUUGUGACAAUCUUGGACAUAAAUGAUAAUGACCCGGAGUUUUUUCUAAACCCGAUAACAUUCUCUGUGUCAGAAGAUGCUAAGGUUGGUUGGAUUGUGGGAAACAUUUCCGCAAGUGAUCCAGACAAUGGUCCUAAUGGAACAGUUUUGUUGAAAUUUCCAGAGGAUCCAAAUGUGCGGGAAUAUUUUAAAUUUAAUGAAUCUGGGAUAAUAACUAUCAGCAAGCAGCUAGAUCGUGAGAAGGUUGCUUUUCAUGAAUUCUAUGUAUACGCUAUGGACAUGGGAGGAAGAACAAGCUCGGCUCGGGUCACAAUAUUUGUCACUGACGUCAACGACAAUGCUCCUGAAAUUGUUUACCCUAAUGAGUAUGACAAUACAUUUAGAGUUCGGUUCACCAUGCCGGUUUUCAGUGACAUUUUGCAGAUAGAUGCACAUGAUCUGGAUUCUGAUGAAAACUCAAAGCUCUAUUAUUACAUAGAUCAGGAUAAUUCAAGUUAUGCAUUCAACCUAAACUUAAGUUCUGGAAAGCUUACGCUCAAUCGCAGUUUACACCAGACAGAAAUCGGUCACAGGUUUCUCUUGUAUCUGAGAGUGAAAGAUGGUGGAGCCUCACCUAUACAGACUUGGACAGAACUUCUGAUUGAAGUUAUAGAAGUAGAGUUAAACAUGGUGGACAAAGUUGCACAAGCAAAUCUUUGGAUUGUAGUGGGUAUUGUCAUAGUUACCGCAGUUCUGUCUGUUGUCAUGAUUCUACUCAUCGUGAAAAUAUGCUGGUAUAAUCGAAGAAAGGGGCUCAACUCUUCUAGCAUCAUCAUAGAGUCGAAUGAGGUCGAUCCUCAACUGAUUGAUUCUUCUUCAUCCUCAUUCUCCUCUGCAUCAUCAACUUCUUCUCACGAAAUUAAUUUGAACACAAAAAUUCAACAUGGUGGAAUGCAUUCAGAUUCGAGCUAUGAGAAGGGUUACUAUGACAAACUGGAUGAAGCAGACUUCAUACCCAAAUCUGAGCAAGAUAGUGGUCUCCUCUACAUGCAAGAAGUGAAAAAGCUUGACCUUGAACUCCACAAGAAACUGGAUGAGACAACAAGUGACAACUCUGGUGAGCUGGGGACCAGAGACAGCGGUCAAGGGGGCAGUGACCUUGACAACAUCAGCAUCCCGGAGAUGACCAGUCCGGGCAGUCCUGAUUCAGCAAUUGGUCACUUGUCACCAAGGGAGCUGUAUUAUUCCAGUCACCUUGGACACCCACAUCAGCGGUCACCUGAUGUGUCCACCACAGAUGCAAAUGAGGUCAGCACCUAUAAUGUUGUCAUGCCAAAGCUAGUCCCAGAUUUCAGCCACUUCCCCACGAAAACUGCGGAACGGAAGGAACUGUCAAAACUACGCCUCAGUAAAAAGCGUGUCAUGUUCAGUGAUGACCUUGAAAAUUCACACUCUAGUGGGAGGUCAAGUACCGUGUCUGACCUUGUGAACCCUGAUGGUAACCAUGACAACAGAAAUUCAGUGCAAAGGUUUUAUAACAGAACUAUAAGUGAAGAGUUGCCAGUCAGACUGUAUAAAUCAAACAGUUGGUUUAGACGCUCAGCGGACAAUCUAACUUUAAGACACAAUAAAGACAAUAGAGACGUAUAUAAUCAGAUGCCAAGUAACCUUAUAAAAUCGAAAGACUUUCGAAAUAAGCCAAUGGGGGACAACAUUAAAGGCUAUUUGGACAGGGUGAUUUCUCGGACUAGAACAAAUAGUGACGGAUCUGAUUUAGAAGCAAUAAAUAGGACUAAUACUGCCUCAAAUGUGUACACACUUUCAGAGGAUGUUACUUCACAUACUGGCCCCUGGGCUAGUGACUGUACCACAACCUCUGCCCCUUCUUCUAUUUAUAGACCUUGCUCAGGGGAGAAUUCUCUCAAUCUUGCGUCUCACAUAGAGGAAACAGAUGAUGUUUAUUCUGAGGACUUUGAUGUCUAGAUACUCAAAUUAAAAUCUUUGUGUACAUUUAAAUAAUUAUGAUAUGUGGACAAAAAUGAUUUUUUACAGAAAAUAAAUGCAUAGGUUUAAUUUAAAUGGUAAAGUACAUGUUCAGUUAUUGUAUUAUGUCUAAAAUACGCGUUGAGUUCAAUAUUACCAGCGUAUAAACAAUGGUAAUAAUGAUGAUCUAAACACCUGUUAAAUAGUAGUUCUGCAGAAUUUUGAUUUGUAUUAUCUUUGCUAUUUCAUAUAUCUGUAUAAUACAAUAUGGCCUCAUGUUUUUGUGUAAUUAGUUGCACAUUUGAUUUACAUUCAUAGCACUUAGUAUGUUGCAAAAUGAGCAUUUGAGUAUUAAUAUUUGAUUUACAUUGUAAAAUGUCUAAACAUAUAACUACCCAUUUCUGAUAUGUUGUGAUUUAUAAAUAUGUAAGAUGUAAUAAAGAUAUUAGUUAUAAUAAAACCUUUUGUAAAAAAAUAUAACUCACAAAUGCAAUACACUUUUUUUCACUAAAGAGGGAUAAUUCACAUUUUAAGCAACAUUUUGAAAAAAAAGUGUAUAGCCAUUUUCUGAUUAGGGUUUGUAUGUUGAGUUUGUUUUGUAAAUAUUAAGCAAUUGUUUGUUUUUUGUUACAUACUUGGAUGUGUUGUAGAUGUAACUUUGAAAAUUGAUCACAAUAGUUGCUGUUAUGUAUUUUGGAAUUUGUUAUAGAAAUGUUAAAGAUAUUUUGUGUUAAUGCUCACAACUUGAAUAAAAGGUAAAAACAU